GUGAGAGAGAGCGAGGAAAGGGCGGCGCCGGCGGCGGCCAUGCGGUUCAACGAGCGGGAGCUGCUCUCGCUCUCCCGGCAGCCGGCGGAGAAAGCCGCCGAGGUGCUCAUGCGGGCGCCCAAGAAGGGAAGCCCCCUGAAGAAGCGCCUGGUGAAAUUGGUGGUCAAUUUUCUCUUUUAUUUCCGGACGGACGAAGCCGAGCCUAUUGGUGCUUUGCUGUUGGAACACUGUCGCAUCAACCAAGAGGAAGACACCGUCUUUUCCAUCAGUUUCUUAGAGGAGCCGGCGAGAAAAUACUACUUCGAGUGCGACUCUGAGGAGCAAUGCCAGGAAUGGAUCGAGGUGCUGCGAAGGGCCAGUUAUGAGUUCAUGAGGAGCAGCUUGAUCUUCUAUCGCAACGAGAUCCAGAAGAUGACCGGAAAGGAUCCCUUGGAGCAGUACGGCAUUUCGGAGGAAGCCCGUUUCCAGUUGGGAGCAAGGAAAGUGUGAUCGUAAACAUGCAGCACUCCGACUCCCAUCAUCCACAUCGACCGAUGGGACUCUUCGCAGGGAGAUCUCAUCCCGCUCUUCCUUUAUUGGCAGCUUGAAUGUACCUCCAAAACUUGCUGUGAAAACACGUUAACGUCGGGGCAUUUUGAACUCUUAGAACUUCAAGCUCAUCCUGGGCUUGUUUCUGUUGUGACGUCUGCCCUUUUCCCCACUGAGUAGCACCUGUUUUUAUUCUAUACGUGCAAUGAAAAGAUCGCUUUCUCGGUUAAAUAUUUCCGUAUUCUUUUUGUACACUAAUGUCCUUGUUCUCCUCACUAAAUAAAAUGUCUUGCCUUGUUUAA